AUGAUCGCCGCUCUUCUCAGCUCCCGGAAUUAUUCAGAGAACGGAAAGCCGGAGUGUGUGUUUUCGUUCGGCGAUUUCCAAUGUAAUGUGGAUGGCUCGGUUCAUUUCGCCCGAGUUGCAGACGAAUUCGGCAAACUUCUCUCACUGAUAGACCUAGAUGGCCAAUUCCCUGGGGUCUCGUUGAAACGCCAUCGGGCUGGCAAGCAUCGCUUACGACGCCAUACACAAGCCUAA